UGUCAGUAUGUCACAAAUUAUGAAAUCAGUGUACCUGGAUGGGAGUUCUGCCAUGGAACAGAAGCCGGUCGUCAACGCCGAUGGUGAGGUACUCCUGGUUCGUCGCGCCACCGGGGCUCGUGUAGCACACGUCGGGGUCAUCGUCGCCGACGUCGCGGACUCAGCGCGGCAGCGGGAUGGCUCCCUGUACGCGCGCCACUCGUACCGCGCCGGCCCGGUGCCCUCGACGAUGCCCCACCACACGUCCGCCAUGACGCCGUCGACGCCGGCGUCCCACCACAUCCGCCGCAGCCGCGCCCUCAGCCCCGCCGCGUCCUCCAGCUCGUUCGCCGCGGUGACCACGCCCAGCUGCACACCACGCCACGGCGCGGCGCCGCUGGACACGAUCAAUUCGAACGAAAGCUUGAAGAGAUUGCGUGAGCUCGGAGCUUACCGGCAGCAGGCCUCCUCCCCACCCGGCGCGGUGGCCUGCUGCCGCGUCACCGCCCGCCGCUGGCCACCGACGCCCUCCUCCUCUCCCGCCUCCUCCCCACCCGGCGCGGUGGCCUGCUGCCGCGUCGCCGCCCGCCGCUGGCCACCGACGCCCUCCUCCUCUCCCGCAUUGCCCCUGCGGUCUUCUCCCCACCCUUCGGCCAGCUGCUAGCCUGCACACAGAAGUGAGAGAGAGGAGGAAGGGAGAGAAGAGGGGUAAGAAAGAAGGUGCUAACGUGGACAGUCUGACAGGUGGGGCCCACGUGGGUCCCACGCUGACUCAGCUGCCACAUCAGAAAAAACCGAGGUGAAAACCAACAAAGGAGCUAAAAUGAACGGUUUUGUAAGUUGAGAGAUGUUUGCAGUUGGGGGACGAUUUUGUAAUUCGAUGACAAGUUGAGGGACCUUGGGUGUACUUUUUCCUUGCGUGGAGUGUUGGGCUGGGACGGGUGCGUCUGGGCUGCAACGUGAAUCCCAUCGGGCCAUCCCCUAGCUACUUGCGUGAUGGGCCGGAAUUGGAGUCAGGAUUUGCAGGCCAAAUUUCUUUGUGAACUUCUUCAUUUCAGAUAUUGAGCGGCUAAACGGGAUGGGCUUCUUUGCAGGCAUCCUUUGAGGGCGAUGCCUUAACUAAAUCCCUAAAUUAAUUCUACUGCGUUUCUUUAUUUCGGAGCACGUACACAAAAGUUAAAAGUUCGUCACGGACUCACCGUGAUCCAGUCAGGUUGAUUUGUUUUCGAAAAUUUUACUCUGUUUUCAAAUUUUCGCUGUUUGGAUGGUCCAGUAUAUCAUGUGUACACAUCUGCCAAUCUCAGCGUGCCUCCGCUCAUAAUUUUUAGCACUUCUGUCUCUAAGAUAUACUGAGUAUAUAUAGUAAUAUAGUAUACUGGUCACUUCAAGAGCUCAAGUCAUACAAUUUCAAAGCAAACUUGAGGUCACUGCACUUAUUGCAUUGCCAGGCAUUUUUGGAUUGAAGCCAUUUUUGCCUAAUCGUUUUUUUGGCAACUUCAAUAGUAUCACAUGUAUGUGCGAUCCGUUUUACUACUUUUUGUUCACACUAAUAAAAUUCUAUAACAUCAAAUUUGGCACUAUUUGCCAAUGUUU